AUCAAUGCAUGGCACAACCACAGGAAAGGAAAUCUUUGAGGAGGUUUCCAAAUGUGUAACUGAAAUAAAGCUGCCGUGGGAUAAACUCGUUGGAUUAACGACAGAUGGUGCGCCAGCGAUGUGCGGUAAAAAGAGUGGACUGGUGGGCAUGGUUCGGGAGAAGAUGCGGGAAGAGAAAUGUGCAGGUGAGCUAACUGUUUACCACUGCAUCAUACAUCAGGAAGCACUGUGUGCCAAAGCCCUAAAGAUGGAACAUGUUAUGACCACAGUAACACAGGUAGUUAACUUUAUAAGAGCCAAAGGUCUAAAUCACCGCCAGUUUAAAUCUUUUCUGGAGGAGUGUGGUUCGGAAUACGCAGACGUGCCGUAUCACACAGAGGUGAGAUGGCUAAGCAGAGGAAAAGUACUGAACAGAUGUUUCGAGCUGCGUGAGGAAAUAUGUGAAUUCCUGGAAACCAAAGGGAAGGAUACAGCAGAGCUCUGGGAGCAAAAGUUCCUGUGUGAGGCCUUUCUCUGUGACAUCUCGAGCCAUCUCGAUGCGCUGAACCUGCAGCUUCAGGGGCGGGGGCGCAUCAUCACAGACAUGUACGCUGCAGUGAGGGCCUUCAAAACUAAACUGUGCCUGUGGGAGAAUCAGAUGCUGCAAGGAAACCCUUGCUGUGCUGCCAUCCUGUUAGAAGUUUCACAACAUAAACGUUUUCAAUAUAUUAAUUCAAGAAAAGUCACGCCUUGGGAGUUUUAUUGAAGACUUAGUUGUUAGCUAUCUGUCUAGGUUUGCAUGGGAACGCAACUCAAGGGCAGAAUACUUGCCAUUUUCCCUGCUUCCAAUCCAUAAAAGCGCAGAUCUCUACCGCCGUGUUCCCAUGCGCACAGUUUGCUGAAAAACUCAGUGUUCUCGCCGCUGAGUUUAGCCGGCGAUUUGCCGACUUCGAUGCCCAGAAAUGCAAGUUUGAACUGCUUAGUAAUCCCUUCGCAGUUGAUGUGGAAAAUGCACCAACCAACAUCCAAAUGGAGCUGAUUGAACUCCAGUGCAACGACACGCUGAAGUCAAAGUAUGAUGCUGUGGGCGCCGCACAGUUUCCACGGUUUAUCCCUGACACAAUGCCUCAGCUCCGCACCCAAGCUGCUCAGAUGCUCUCCAUGUUCGGCAGCACUUAUCUAUGCGAGCAACUUUUCUCCACGAUGAAGAUGACCAAAACAACUCACAGGAGACGUCUGACUGAUGAACAUCUUCGCUCGAUACUGAGGAUUUCUUCAGCUCAGAGCUUGAGCCCAGACAUUGAUGAACUAGCAUCCAAGAAGAGAUGCCAGGUAUCUGGCUUGGGCACAUCAGAUUAGACCAGUGUGCAAUAAUUAACGUUUUCUUUAUGCACUUUUUCUU